AUGACUCACCGAAAUCGCCUCACAAACGCCCACGUCCUUGUCUUCGGCGGCACUUCAGGGAUCGGCUAUGCCAUCGCCAACAUGGCCCUCGCAUCCGGCGCGCUCGUAACAAUCUCUGGAUCUGGCCAAACCAAAGUCGACAAAAAAGUCGAGAUGCUGCGAUCUCUGUACCCAAGCAUGCCAGCCUCCAAUGUAGCAGGCAUCGCCGUCGACCUUAUGGAUAAAGAGAACUUGGAGUUCAACUUGAAGGCUAUGCUGGACAAAGUGACCGAGGGCGGCGAGAAGAAGAUCGAUCAUAUCGCUUUCACAGCCGGCAAUCCGCUCUCGCUGCCCAAAGUUGCGGAGAUUGAAGUGAAGACCUUGAUGGAAGGCUUCACAGUUCGCUUUCUCGCCCCGUGUGCCUUGGCCAAGCUGAUUACGACGGGCGAUUACAUGCCCAAAAGCUCCAAUAGCUCAAUCACGCUUACUGGGGGCACAAACACACAUCGUCCAAUGCCGAACUGGACCCUAGGCGCAGCGGUCGGCGCCUCAAUUGAGGGCUUGACGCGCGGUCUGGCGGUGGACAUGGCUCCCAUUCGCACGAAUAUCGUCCACCCCGGCGCGAUCCAAACAGAGUUGUUCCAUGAUUUCUUCAAAAGCGCUCCCCCUGAGAUGAUGGAGAAGAUGAAGAAGGGGAGCAGCCUGACGGGGGAGUUAGGGCGCCCGGAAGAUAUAGCGGAGGCAUAUGGCUGGGUCAUGAAGGAUCGGUUCGCGAAUGGGACGCAGGUGAAUAGCGAUGGCGGGCGAUUGUUGGUCGGUACCGAGUAA